AUGAUGACAAGAAAGUUGGCUGCAAUCGCGUUGCUGCUAGUGCUGCAUCUUCUUGCUGCUGAUAUUACUUCAUCCUCUGCCUUGCGUCCUUAUGGUUAUAAAGAGACUCUACUGCAAAUUCAGAACUGGAGAGACGCAAAUGGUGGUAAGAAGUCUGAAAAUGGGGGAGAUACUGAGAUUCCAGGCAGGAGUAACUCGGUGGCCUUCCGGAGCUUAAGGACGAGUUUGCCGACCAGAGCACCACCGCCACCUGUAGUCAAUCGGACGAAGGCAUUCAUCAUAGUUUCACCCCCUCCUCCAAAGGUCUGAAGAUGUAGUAUAUGAUCUGAUUGAUUUCCGCAACAAGUUUAUGAUCAUAUGAUGCUUUUGUGUGUUAGCGUUGCGGGUUGCCUAUGAUGUCGAUGGCAUAAUGUUGUUAUGGGAUGUGGGUGUUCAUAAAUAAUUUUUCAGAAAUUAAGGAAGUUCGUCCAAUUCUUUCAGGCUCGAUUCACCUGUAAUUUGAGUUGACCAGAAGUUGGUGUCUUCAGGUUGGCCAAAAUGUUGAUGA